AUGCGAGAUGAGGCAAAGCACAAAGUUAAGUCAUUUGGGGAUCUAAAUGUGGACGAUAUCCAAUAUGAAAUAGCUUUGGAAAUGAUAGUCACCUUGAAAGGCCAGGAUCAGUUAUGGAAUAGACUAUUGGAAACCUUCAAAACCAUUGACAUGUCCUCCAAUAGAUUCUUUGGGAAUAUUCCACCUUCCAUAGGAAAUCUCAAGAAUCUCAGAUACUUGAACCUGUCCCACAAUAGCUUCAUAGGACAUAUACCAUCAUCUCUUGGAAAUAUGAGCCAACUUGAAUUGUUGGAUUUGUCAACAAACAAACUGGAUGGAGAAAUUCCAAGUGAAUUGACAAGGUUGACAUUUCUUGCGAAAUUAAACCUUUUAAUGAACAAUCUUACUGGGAAUAUAUCGCAAUCCACCAGUUCUCCACAUUUGAUAAUAAUGCAUAUAUUGGAAACUUGGGGUUGUGUGGAUUUCCGUGGAUGA